ACACCGCAUGAGUGAGUGUCAGCGGCACUCAGUACAGUUACUGACGUUCCGUGCUGUGAACGAUCACCCGUCGUGAUCGCUGCCGUCGUCGUCGUCGUCGUAGUCGUGAUCGGCUUUGCAUCGCCUCGAGUCGAGUGCAAUCGGGAUUCUACUAUGCGCCGCUCUUGAUAUCGCAUAUAUGCGGUUUGUGAAGCGUACCGAACGAGCCACGGUGUGACUUCGUAUGCACGUAUGGAUGAGACCAUCACGAUGACCGUUCCUCCGCCACUACCAGCGAAGACCCAGGCCCGGGAUGCGAGCCAGGCCGCUCGACAGACUGUGUCAAUCCGGACCGUUUCCCCCUCCGUCCCGACGUCCCUCGCCACUGGACCUGGAGCAACGGUAUUUGUCGGAGUUAGCGCACCUACCGUCGACUCCGCGACAACCUGCGAGAGCAUAAUCCCGGAAGUGCAAUCGGCGAACGACGGCUACGAAGAGCAGAGCGGCAUCGUCGAGUCGUCGCGACAGCAUCAGCAACAGCGGUGGCAGCAGUCGCAGCAUCAUCAUCACUCUCAUUACCAUCAUCAUCACCCUCAUCAUCAUCACCAGCAGCAGCAGCAGCAGCAGCAACAGCAGGCUGCGCACAUAGUAAAGAUCAAGAUCAACCCAGAUGGUGACAAGAAUAGUAGGGUAAUAUCAACGGUACGCUUGACUCUGGACGAUAACGGCAAACACGAAAUCGAGAACGAGAACGCGCGCGAACGGCUGGUCAAGCGCGCAGAUUGCGGUGCGGUGGUGGUGAGUGCGACGAAUCUGGUGAACGAGCGACACCGCGAGAGUGCCGGUACCGGUAACGGCUGUGUUAGGAUCAGUGUCUACAGCGGCGAUCCGCCAGCAUCCGACAGCGAUCGGGAACGCAACAACAAUAAGACCUGCACCAGCUCCAUCAGCAUCAGCGGCGGCAACGACAGCGACAAACGCAGUCAGCGGGACGACAGGAGCGACAACGGGGACAUGGUGCACCGCGGUACCACAGAGACCCUGAACUCGUCCAGCCUUGGCGGCCGUUCGAGCGCCUGUUUCUACUACAACAGCUACCAGAAUCCGCUGAGCGGUAUGGUGAUGUCCAGCGGACAAUGCUCGCCCAGCGAAACCCUGGACAGCGGCACUUGCAGCGACCUUGACGGCACGCCACCGCCGUUGCCGAAGAAGAAAAACGCUAGCACAGUGAUACUAUCAGCGGGCACUCACAAUCGGACCGGUAGCCUGACCAGCAGCGGCGCCGAGGUCGACAGCGACGACAACGAGAGCAACAUCAGCUGCGACUCCUUGAACGGCGCCGAAGCGAAUGGUGAUGCGAGCGAAUACAGUGUGCACUCGCGAAACGAAGAUCACGUCGAGACGCCUUUGCUGAGGAACAUCGAGAAGACUACGACAACAGGCGUCGCCGAGAAACUCGGGCGAAUCACGCUGACGAACGGUGCCGACGAUCAAGCGGAAGAAUCGGAGGGUGGCGUUCGCCUCGAACAGGUCUCGGCAAUAACGGAAAUUGGCUCAUUCUCGCCGGCGUUGUCGGCGAACGUGUCGCGUUCGCCAUCCGACACAUCGUCCUUGUCGAAGGCGUCCUCGACGCCUCGAGUGAGAAGCCCUGUUCCUGCAAUCGAGCAACACAACGGCAAGGCGGUCGUCAAAGAGUAUACGUAUGAGGAGAGGAAGCAACACGAGCAGGAGAGAACGGAGUGCAUCGACGCCGAUCAGAAUCGAUCGUCCGGUCACAAAUAUCUGUACGAGGACGACAGGUACUACAACUUCCAUGUGAACGAAUUGCGUGAGAAGAACUCCAAUCGCGAACACGGCGCGGCCGAGACCGACGAGUGUUUCGCCGGCUACAAAAUCCACGAGAAGGAAGCCAUACGAAGUGCCAAAGGGACCGUACGCGGGGUGAAGAACAGGGUGCGAGCGGGCAUCGCGACGUUUCUACAGACGCCCACCUCCAAGGUCUAUAUAGAAAGAGAAAAGGGCAGAGUGGUGCUUUACAUGACGUCGCUGGGCAUCGUUAGGGAGACCUUUACCAAUUGUAUGAAAAUGAAGCAGAUAUUAUGGACGAACAUGGUCAAGUACGAAGAGGCGGAUCUGUUCCGUGACACGGAAUUACAAAGCGAACUCAAGGAUCGGACCGAUUCGGAAGUCGUUACGUUACCGCAGCUCUUUGUUGAUGGCCAACACAUUGGGGGUGUCGACACCGUCGAGCGACUUAACGAGUCGGGGGAACUGCGCCGCAUACUGGAACCUUACCAGUGCAAGGAUGCGUGCGUCGUUUGCAACUACUGCGGUGGAUUCCAGCGACUAUUGUGCCCGAUCUGCCACGGCAGCAAGAGAUCGGUGCAUCGCAACGAGUUUACCGUGGAAUUUGUCGCUCUCAAGUGCGCCAAGUGCGACGUCUUCGGCAUGAUACGCUGCCCGCAUUGCUGAGGGAUGUGUGCACUCCACCCUGCUCAAAUCUCACUUCCCUUUAAUUUUCCCGUCUCUCUCUCUCUCUCUCUCUCUCUCUCUCUCUCUCUCUCUCUCUCUUUCUUUCUCUCUCUCUCUUCCUUUCUCUGUCUUUCGACUACCUUCCAUACUAACUUACAUGUUCUAUUUAAGGUGCUACGAGAGAAUAUUUUACGCUACGUCGUUUAAGCGAGGGCGUACGCUCAUGAGACGCAUACAAACAAUAUUAACUAAUUUGCGUAGCCACGCUGUCGCAUGUUGUAAGAUAUGACGGUUAAUAAAACUUUUUGUGUAAAGUUUUGUAA